UAUCACCGUUGAAAUCUUUCGAAGAAGUCACUCUGAAGUAUCAUCGUAUCUCGAUAUGAGUAGCCAGGAUAUCGUAGAGCCAGAGGAAGUGGAGGAGGUGUUGCUGUCUCAUUUGAAAGAGAAUAAGAUGUUUCGGGAAGGGCCACAGCCGUGGACCAUUCGUUUCUCGCCAUUAAGCGGUCGUGGCAUGUUCGCUACUCGUGACAUCGAACAGAACGAGUUAAUUUUUAUUGAUGCGCCUAUAUUAAUCGGGCCGAGGUGUACAACCAAACAUCUUCAACUAUGCGUGUGCUGUUAUAAGAACGAGUGCCCGUUAUUUCCGUGCGAUAAAGGUUGUGGCCUGCCAGUUUGCUCGACUCGAUGUGAAGAUUCGCCAAAGCAUGUCAACUAUGAAUGCAAGUAUCUAAGGUCAUUGGUACCGACUUGCGGUACCGAUUGGUCUCCGAGCUUGUUGCUGACUGUCGUACCCAUCCGCGCGCUUUUCAUGACGGAGCAACAACGUAAAUGUUUAGCGACACUUCAACGCGAUCAAUCUUUGGUUUACAAUUACGAGCUCGAACAACUUGAGAAAAGUGUGGCCAAUCCUCCGGGCGAGAAAGAUAUGGAGCUGAUGAGGUGUGUGUGCGCAGUUUUUAAUACGAACUCGUUUGAAACGGUCGUAGUCCACGACAAGGACAGUUCUGCGAGUUUACGAGGACUUUAUCCAAUUGCCUCGUUGCAAAAUCACUGUUGCGUACCAAAUACAAGACAUCAUUUCGAUGGAGAAUUUCGAAUGUAUGUUAGCGCUGCAUUUCCGAUUGCUGCUGGAGAGGAGAUCACUAUGGCCUAUACGACUUUAUUUUGGGAUACGACGUUGCGACGACAAUUUUUAAGCGUAACUAAACACUUCUCUUGCAUGUGCAAACGGUGCAGUGAUCCCACGGAAUUUAGAUCUAAAUUGGGUGCACUUUCAUGUGCAUCUGAUAAAUGUUCAGGAGAAUUAUUACCGCAAGAUCCUCUUAAUAUGACCAGUCCUUGGGUCUGCGAUAAAUGUUCCAUAAUUAUAAGUCAUCAGCAGAUAUGUUCGAUUCGUUCAGGUAUAGCGGCUAUCGUGGAGGAAGUUCUGUACAAAACACCACGUGAGAUCUAUCAAUUUCUGCAAAAAGAGCUCUCACUUUUGAUUCCUUCGAGCAAUUACCUCAUUGUAGAUCUGAAGUUUCGAAUUAUUUCGUAUUAUGGUAGGAAUGAUGGCGCAAAAUGGGAAGAUUAAUGAAAAUCAAUGUCUAUUUAAAAAGGCAAUCGCUAUAUUGCAAAAUGAUGUUAUUUCAGCAGUUACGCUCAAAUAUGAUAAAAACUAUUUCAAACAGCUAACUACUGCAUCAAGA